AUGGUGCCCACCAGCGACAAGGGUCGCUUCUACGCCUUUGGCCGUGUGUUCUCCGGCAUGGUGGCUACAGGGCAGAAGGUUCGCAUCAUGGGACCCAACUACACUCCUGGCAAGAAGGAGGACCUGUACCUCAAACCCAUCCAGAGGUACAUGGAGAUCUAAUACAUUCAUGUCCUAUUUAACAGCUCAAAGACAGUAGGGUUGCUCAACCAAAUGAGGAUAUGUUGCAUCCCAUUGAUAUUUUAAGUAGAAAUAAUUUUCUUUUAUGAAGUGCCUUUUUAAUAUAGACCACAUGAAAAAUUCAAUAAAUCCGAUUUUUUUAUAUGAAUAAGCACUUGCUAAAGUGCCAAAAUGCAGCUUUUUGGCAUGUCCCUCUGUGACCUGUAGGAAGAUUUUAAACCACUUAACCACCACGUUUCACCAUCAUUUUAAAGCCCUACGUAUUGUGUUGUUUUGACAGUCAUUUCUGAAGAUAAUUAUUUAUUUCAUGUGAUAAGUGAUUAAUCUAAAUCACAUUAAAUGUCUGUCCCUCAUUUUAAGCUCACAAGGGGAUUUAUGGCAGUGGGGUCAACCAUGUUACUUUAUUUGCCACGUAAUAGACACCUACUAUUUAAACAUUUUUAUUUAACCUCUUGAGAAGUGAAAACUAGUUUUUUUUUUUUUUAUGAAGUGUGCUCUUUAUGACAUAAUGUUCAAAUGAGGUGAACUAAGUUACAUUACCCGAAAUGUCCUUAUUGGGUGGAUGACCCAGUACACGUCCUAUGGAACAUGACUCGAGUGGCGCAGUGGUCUAAGGCACUGCAUCGCAGUGCUAGCUGUGCCACUAGAGAUCCUGGUUCGAAUCCUGGCUCUGUUGUAGCCGGCCGCGACCGGGAGACCCAUGGGGGCGGCGCACAGUUGUCCAGGGUAGGGGGAGGGAAUGGCCGGCAGGGAUGUAGCUCAGUUGGUAGAGCGUGGUGUUUGCAACGCCAGGGUUGUGGGUUCGAUUCCAGUAUAAAAAAUAAAAAUGUAUGCACUAACUGUAAGUUGCUCUGGAUAAGAGCGUCUGCUAAAUGACUAAAAUGUGUGAGUGUGUUCUACGCCAACAUUUUUAUAAAAGGUGAGGUCCUCUGACAAAUAUAAUAUAACUGCUAGACUUCACUAAACUCUGCUGUGUUCCCCCCCUGACUCCCAGGACCAUCCUGAUGAUGGGGCGCUACACGGAGCCCAUUGAGGACGUGCCGUGCGGCAACAUCGUGGGUCUGGUGGGAGUGGACCAGUUCCUGGUGAAGACCGGGACCAUCUCCACCUUCGAGCACGCCCACAACCUGAGGGUGAUGAAGUUCAGCGUCAGCCCCGUGGUCAGGGUGGCCGUGGAGUGCAAGAACCCUGCUGACCUGCCCAAGCUAGUGGAGGGACUCAAACGCCUGGCCAAGUCUGACCCCAUGGUCCAGGUACUAUAUACUAGUCUGACCCCAUGGUCCAGGUACUAUACUAUACUAGUCUGACCCCAUGGUCCAGGUACUAUACUAUACUAGUCUGACCCCAUGGUCCAGGUACUAUACUAUACUAGUCUGACCCCAUGGUCCCAGGUACUAUACUAGUCUGACCCCAUGGUCCAGGUACUAUACUAUACUAGUCUGACCCCAUGGUCCAGGUACUAUACUAGUCUGACCCCAUGGUCCAGGUACUAUACUAUACUAGUCUGACCCCAUGGUCCAGGUACUAUACUAUACUAGUCUGACCCCAUGGUCCAGGUACUAUACUAUACUAGUCUGACCCCAUGGUCCAGGUACUAUACUAUACUAGUCUGACCCCAUGGUCCAGGUACUAUACUAUACUAGUCUGACCCCAUGGUCCAGGUAACUAUACUAUACUAGUCUGACCCCAUGGUCCAGGUACUAUACUAGUCCUGACCCCAUGGUCCAGGUACUAUACUAGUCUGACCCCAUGGUCCAGGUACAUAUACUAGUCUGACCCCAUGGUCCAGGUACUAUACUAUACUAGUCUGACCCCAUGGUCCAGGUACUAUACUAUACUAGUCUGACCCCAUGGUCCAGGUACUAUACUAGUCUGACCCCAUGGUCCAGGUACUAUACUAGUCUGACCCCAUGGUCCAGGUACUAUACUAUACUAGUCUGACCCCAUGGUCCAGGUACUAUACUAUACUAGUCUGACCCCAUGGUCCAGGUAACUAUACUAGUCUGACCCCAUGGUCCAGGUACUAUACUAGUCUGACCCCAUGGUCCAGGUACUAUACUAUACUAGUCUGACCCCAUGGUCCAGGUACUAUACUAUACUAGUCUGACCCCAUGGUCCAGGUACUAUACUAUACUAGUCUGACCCCAUGGUCCAGGUACUAUACUAUACUAGUCUGACCCCAUGGUCCAGGUACUAUACUAGUCUGACCCCAUGGUCCAGGUACUAUACUAUACUAGUCUGACCCCAUGGUCCAGGUACUAUACUAUACUAGUCUGACCCCAUGGUCCAGGUUGUACUAUACUAUACUAGUCUGACCCCAUGGUCCAGGUACAUACUAUACUAGUCUGACCCCAUGGUCCAGGUUACUAACUAUACUAGUCUGACCCCAUGGUCCAGGUACUAUUACUAUACUAGUCUGACCCCAUGGGUCCACGGUACGAUACUCUACUAGUCUGACCCCCUUGGUCCAGGUACUAUAACUAUACUAGGUCUGACCCCAUGGUACCAGGUACUAUACUAUACUAGUCUGGACCCCGGUCCAGUAAUAUACUAUACUAUCUGACCCCAUGGGUCCAGGUACUAUACCAUGACUAGCUGAACCCCCAUGGUUCCAGGUACUAUACUAUACGAGUCUGACCCCAUGGUCCAGGGGUACUAUACUAUACUUAUACUAGUCUGACCCCAUGGUUCCAGGUACUAUACUAGUCUGGGACCCCAUGGUCCAUGGUACUAUACUAGUCUGACCCACAUGGUCCAGGUACUAUAUAUACGAGUCGGAACCCAUGGUCCAGGUAACUAUACUAUACUAGUCUGACCCCAUAGGUCCCAGGUACUAUACUAUACUAGUCCUGGACCCCAUGGUCCAGGUACUAUACUAACUAGUCUGACCCCCUAGUCCAGGUACUAUACUAUACUAGUCUGGGCCCCAUGGUCCAGGUACUAUACUAGUCUGAACCCAUGGUCCAGGUACUAUACUAUAAUAGUCUGACCCCAUGGUCCAGGUACUAUACUAUACUAUACUAGUCUGACCCCAUGGUCCAGGUACUAUACUAUAUAGUCUGACCCAUGGUCCAGGUACUAUACUAUACUAGUCUGACCCCAUGGUCCAGGUACUAUACUAUACUAGUCUGACCCCAUGGUCCAGGUACUAUACUAUACUAGUCUGACCCCCUGGUCCAGGUACUAUACUAGUCUGACCCCAUGGUCCAGGUACUAUCUAUACUAGUCUGACCCCAUGGUCCAGGUACUAUACUAUACUAGUCUGACCCCAUGGUCCAGGUACUAUACUAUACUAGUCUGACCCCAUGGUCCAGGUACUAUACUAGUCUGACCCCAUGGUCCAGGUACUAUACUAUACUAGUCUGACCCCAUGGUCCAGGUACUAUACUAUACUAGUCUGACCCCAUGGUCCAGGUACUAUACUAUACUAGUCUGACCCCAUGGUCCAGGUACUAUACUAUACUAGUCUGACCCCAUGGUACAGGUACUAUACUAUACUAGUCUGACCCCAUGGUCCAGGUACUAUACUAUACUAGUCUGACCCCAUGGUCCAGGUACUAUACUAUACUAGUCUGACCCCAUGGUCCAGGUACUAUACUAGUCUGACCCCAUGGUCCAGGUACUAUACUAGUCUGACCCCAUGGUCCAGGUACUAUACUAUAACUAGUCUGACCCAUGGUCCAGGUACUAUACUAUACUAGUCUGACCCCAUGGUCCAGGUACUAUACUAUACUAGUCUGACCCCAUGGUCCAGGUACUAUACUAUACUAGUCUGACCCCAUGGUCCAGGUACUAUACUAGUCUGACCCCAUGGUCCAGGUACUAUACUAGUCUGACCCCAUGGUCCAGGUACUAUACUAUACUAGUCUGACCCCAUGGUCCAGGUACUAUACUAUACUAGUCUGACCCCAUGGUCCAGGUACUAUACUAUACUAGUCUGACCCCAUGGUCCAGGUACUAUACUAGUCUGACCCCAUGGUCCAGGUACUAUACUAGUCUGACCCCAUGGUCCAGGUACUAUACUAGUCUGACCAAAUGGUCCAGGUACUAUACUAGUCUGACCCCAUGGUCCAGGUACUAUACUAUACUAGUCUGACCCCAUGAUAUAGAUGUAGGGAAACAGUGUGGUUUAUGAUAGAGAUGUAGGGAAACAGUGUAGUUUAUGAUAGAGAUGUAGGGAAACAGUGUCGUUUAUGAUAGAGAUGUAGGAAACAGUGUGGUUUAUGAUAGAGAUGUAGGGAAACAGUGUAGUUUAUGAUAGAGAUGUAGGGAAACAGUGUGGUUUAUGAUAGAGAUGUUGGGAAACAGUGUAGUUUAUGAUAGAGAUGUAGGGAAACAGUGUGGUUUAUGAUAGAGAUGUAGGGAAACAGUGUAGUUUAUGAUAGAGAUGUUGGGAAACAGUGUAGUUUAUUAUAGAGAUGUAGGGAAACAGUAUAGUUUAUGAUAGAGAUGUAGGGAAACAGUGUGGUUUAUGAUAGAGAUGUAGGGAAACAGUGUGGUUUAUGAUAGAGAUGUAGGGAAACAGUGUAGUUUAUGAUAGAGAUGUAGGAAACAGUGUGGUUUAUGAUAGAUAUGUAGGGAAACAGUGUGGUUUAUGAUAGAGAUGUAGGGAAACAGUGUGGUUUAUGAUAGAGAUGUAGGGAAACAGUGUAGUUUAUGAUAGAGAUGUAGGGAAACAGUGUAGUUUAUGAUAGAGAUGUUGGGAAACAGUGUAGUUUAUGAUAGAGAUGUAGGGAAACAGUGUGGUUUAUGAUAGAGAUGUAGGGAAACAGUGUGGUUUAUGAUAGAGAUGUAGGGAAACAGUGUGGUUUAUGAUAGAGAUGUAGGGAAACAGUGUAGUUAUGAUAGAGAUGUAGGAAACAUGUGGUUUAUGAUAGAGAUGUAGGGAAACAGUGUGGUUUAUGAUAGAGAUGUAGGGAAAACAGUGUGGUUUAUGAUAGAGAUUUAGGGGAAACAGUGUAGUUUGAUAGAGAUGUAGGGAAACAGUGUAGUUUAUGAUAGAGAUGUUGGGAAACAGUAUGGUUUAUGAUAGAGAUGUAGGGAAACAGUGUAGUUUAUGAUAGAGAUGUAGGGAAACAGUGUAGUUUAUGAUAGAGAUGUUGGGAAACAGUGUGGUUUAUGAUAGAGCUGUAGGGAAACAGUGUAGUUUAUGAUAGAGAUGUAGGGAAAUAGUGUAGUUUAUGGUAGAGAUGUAGGGAAACAGUGUAGUUUAUGAUAGAGAUGUUGGGAAACAGUGUCGUUUAUGAUAGAGAUGUAGGGAAAAAGUGUGGUUUAUGAUAGAGAUGUUGGGAAAACAGUGUAGUUUAUGAUAGAGAUGUAGGGAAACAGUGUAGUUUGAUAGAGAUGUAGGGAAACAGUGUGGUUUAUGAUAGAGAUGUAGGGAAACAGUGUGGUUUAUGAUAGAGAUGUAGGGAAACAGUGUAGUUUAUGAUAGAGAUGUAGGGAAACAGUGUGGUUUAUGAUAGAGAUGUAGGGAAACAGUGUGGUUUAUGAUAGAGAUGUUGGGAAACAGUGUGGUUUAUGAUAUAGAUGUUGGGAAACAGUGUAGUUUAUGAUAGAUAUGUUGGGAAACAGUGUGGUUUAUGAUAGAGAUGUUGGGAAACAGUGUAGUUUAUGAUAGAGAUGUAGGGAAACAGUGUGAUUUAUGAUAGAGAUGUAGGGAAACAGUAUGGUUUAUGAUAGAGAUGUUGGGAAACAGUGUGGUUUAUGAUAGAGAUGUAGGGAAACAGUAUCGUUUAUGAUAGAGAUGUUGGGAAACAGUGUGGUUUAUGAUAGAGAUGUAGGGAAACAGUGUGGUUUAUGAUAGAGAUGUAGGGAAACAGUGUGGUUUAUGAUAGAGAUGUAGGGAAACAGUGUGGUUUAUGAUAGAGAUGUAGGCAAACAGUGGUUUAUGAUAGAGAUGUUGGGAAACAGUGUAGUUUAUGAUAGAGAUGUUGGGAAGCAGUGUGGUUUAUGAUAGAGAUGUUGGGAAACAGUGUAGUUUAUGAUAUAGAUGUAGGGAAACAGUGUAGUUUAUGUUAGAGAUGUAGGGAAACAGUGUAGUUUAUGAUUGAGAUGUAGGGAAACAGUGUGGUUUAUGAUAGAGAUGUUGGGAAACAGUGUGGUUUAUGUUAGAGAUGUAGGGAAACAGUGUAGUUUAACUGUUUUCGUCCUCUCUCUGUGUGGCAGUGCAUCAUUGAGGAGUCUGGAGAACACAUCGUAGCUGGAGCUGGAGAGCUGCAUCUGGAGAUCUGCCUGAAGGAUCUGGAGGAGGAUCACGCUGGUAUCCCCUUGAAGGUUGGGACGAUAUUGACUUACUGCAUUGUACAGGAUAUACAUUGCACCUUUUCAAAAGGAUGAAAUUACCUUCUUUUGAAUCACAUCAUAAUUGUAACCUUUUUAAUAAUGAGUGAAGAUACUAAAAAGCUGAAUCCUCUUCAUACGUCUUCCUUUCUCCCAGAAAUCUGACCCUGUGGUGUCUUACCGCGAGACCGUAGCCGAGGAUUCAGACCAGGUCUGCCUGUCCAAGUCCCCCAACAAACACAACCGUCUGUACAUGAAGGCCCGGCCCUUCCAGGACGGUCUGGCAGAGGACAUCGAUAAGGGGGAGGUUAGCUCCAGACAGGAACUGAAGACCAGGGCUCGCUACCUGACUGAGAAGUACGAGUGGGAGGUUACAGAGGCCCGCAAAAUCUGGUGUUUCGGCCCCGACGGGACGGGACCCAACAUCCUGACGGACGUCACCAAGGGGGUGCAGUACCUCAACGAGAUCAAGGACAGCGUGGUGGCGGGGUUCCAGUGGGCGUCCAAGGAGGUGAGCAGACGCCAGCAGGGUCGGGGGUCAAGUCCCUUUAGCACUAACUUUUAGAACCAGAUCCAAACCACCAGUCACAAACUAACUCUUGGAAUUAGAGAACCACACCACCAGUGACAAACUAACCCUUAGAACCAGAGAACCACACCACCAGUGACAAACUUCCUCUUUCCCAGGGUGUCCUGUGUGAGGAGAACAUGAGGGGGAUACGUUUCGACGUCCAUGACGUGACGCUGCAUGCGGACGCCAUCCAUAGAGGGGGCGGGCAGAUCAUCCCAACGGCACGCCGAGUCAUCUACGCCUCUCAACUCACAGCUCAGCCACGCCUUAUGGAACCAGUCUACCUGGUCGAGAUCCAGGUGAGACAUCUACGCCUCACAGUUCAGCCACACCUUAUGGUGCCAAUCUACCUGGUCCAGAUCUAG